AUGAAGGCUUUGGUGUGGCAGGGGAAGCAACAGGUCGCGAUCGUCAAUGUUCCGAAACCCAAAAUUAUCGAGGAUCGUGAUGUUAUUCUUAAGGUAACAGGUACCACCGUUUGCGGCAGCGAUCUUCAUCUUCUACACGGAGUAAUCAUGCAACUAAAUUACGGUGACAUCUUGGGACACGAAUUUUGUGGUGUAGCAGAUGAAAUUGGUCCUGGAGUGAAAAACGUCAAGAUUGGCAAGCGUUACGUUGCCUCCUUCCAGAUCGCUUGCGGAGAGUGUUUCUACUGCAAACAAAAGCUCACAUCACAAUGCGAAAGAACAAACACCAACAGAUUGAUGAAGGCGCUGUACGGGGGCCAGACGGCUGGGUUUUUUGGGUACUCUCACCUUGCUGGGGGCUUUGCUGGCGGGCAAGCGGAAUAUGUCCGGGUGCCACUUGGUGAUGUGAACUUGCUCGAAAUCCCCGACGACGUACCUGAUGAGAAAGCGUUGUUCCUUUCGGAUGUCCUUCCCACCUCUUACAACGCUGUUAAGGACACAGCAGUUUAUCCUGGGGACAAUGUAGCGAUUUUUGGGGCAGGGCCGAUUGGGCAAAUGGCAGGCAUUUUUGCUCUUAGUGAGGGUGCUCGUAAGAUCGCUUUUGUUGAUACGGAACCGCGACUUACUGCCAUUUCGAAGCGAUGGCCAGAAACGCACAGAGACAAGCUCCAACUGAUCGACUAUCAAACAUUGAGCUUUGGUGUCACCGACGGAGAAACGGUAGUCAGCAAGCUCAAGGGAUUGUUUGACGGCAGGGGACCAGAUGUUGCAAUUGAGUGCGCAGCAGGCGAGUAUGCCAAGGGCUGGCUGCACUGGUUGGAAAUGUGUCUGGGAGCGGAGACGGACACCAGCGAGAUACUGAAUGAGAUGAUCGAGAGCGUUAGAAACUAUGGCAGAGCUGGAGUGACAGGUGUUUAUGUGGGAUACACUAACCACUUCAAUAUCGGAUCACUGAUGCAGCGAGGAAUUCGUCUCAUUGGCAAUGGACAGGCGCCAGUGCAUCUCUACUGGACUGAUCUUUUGGAGCAAAUCCGAGGGGGGCAUCUUGACCCAACACAGAUGCUGUCCCAUCGUUACCGACUUGAAGACCUCGACAAAGUCUAUCAGAAAUUCGAUGCGAAGGAGGACCUGAUUCAAAAAGUAUUUGUCGAGACACGGUUCUCCUUUCCACGUGCAUCCGGGACACCAGGAUUAAUCGUUCUGUAA